AUGGCUCAAUCCUGGCCUCUCCUGGAGGAACUGUCGUUCCCUCCCUUGGAGAAAGCAGAGCGGCUCACGCUUGCCUUCUCCUUCGAUAACGUUCUCACCAUCGCAAAAACCUUUCCUCGCAUCGAAACACUCGCGCUUCCGUAUAACUCGGGAAGCCUCAGCUUCAGCAAUGCAGUUCAGGGGCAAGAGAUUCGCGAGCGGAGCAGGACGCUUCGUAUCCUCAUGAUCUAUCAUAUCAACAUCGACAAUCUUGCGCCCGCGGGUGUUGUCUUGGCGCAUUCUUUCCCGAACAUCGUUCGCGCAGCUGCUGGGAUUUUCGGCUUGAUUAUAGAAAUUUCCGAUGUGCUCACUGCGAGGGUCAGGAAGUUGCAUGUGGACGUGUACGGGAAGGCGGAUACAUGGACGGUGGAUGCUCUAGCGAAGAGAGUGGAGCCCAUUUUCGAUCGGAAAGCUGCGGAUACGAGAGCCCGUGAACCUCGUCGGCAUUUCGAGCUACAGGUGUCCUGGGAGGGCGCGGCUCUGCCCAAUAUACCUACCAACCUACGUUAUCCUUACUACUGCGAAGCUGUAUUGUGGAUUAACGAUUAA